UCUUGCCAGAAUAGGUUCUGUUUUAAGGCCCGAAAAUGACUGACGAAAUCGAGAACCCCAAUAAAGACCUAAUCAUUCCUGACUGGAUCAAUGAAAAGUACUUUACAGACGUCCUGGCCAAAGACGAGCCGGAUCAUGUGAAGAUCCUAAAAUUCACUCCCGUGGCGGCGAUUCCUCCAGGAGAGAAUUUUACUUCCACCAUGAUUCGGAUUUACAUCAAUUUGAAGAUGAAGGAUGGCAGUGUCAAAAACAAAACAUACAUCUUAAAGAUAAUGUUGCCGGAAGAUCGCGGCGGCAAGGACUUUGGCGACUUUGGUCUCUUCCCCAAGGAGGCCAAGAUGUACGACACCUUCAUUCCAGCCUUCGAAGCUCUCUACAAGGAAGCUGGGUGGGACAUUCAGCUGGCGCCGAAAUGCCUAAAAACGGAGGAGCGAAACGGCGAGAUCCACUUUAUCUUCGAGGAUCUACGCGUAAAGGGAUUCGGCAACAUGGACCGCACCAAGGGGCUGGACAUGGAACACAUGACAGCGUCGCUGCACAAGUUGGCCGAGUACCAUGCAGCCAGUGCUGUUUUCGAGGAGAAAAAUGGACGGUACCCUGAGGAGUUCUACGAGGGAUUCGUGAAUCGGUCGUGCAAGCAGUUUCACAUUGAUGGGUUUCGCUUGAAGGAGAAGGCCUUUAAGAAGGCCAUGCUCACCUGGGGCAUGAAAGAUGCAGAGAAAUAUGUUGAGAAGUUUCCCACCGAGGAACAAUAUUGGGCACAGUGCCUGGCCACCUUGGACUACAAUAACGAUGAAUUUUACGUUCUUAGCCACGGGGACUUCUGGUCCAGCAACCUUAUGUCGAGCUACUUGCCCGAUGGAAGCCUAAAUAAGCUACUCCUCAUAGACUUUCAGUUACCUAAGUGGAGCCAUCCGGCCGAAGACCUGCUUUUCUUUCUGAUUCUCUCCCCGAAGAACGAACUGCGCCUGAAGGAGUUUGACAACUUUGUCAGGAUAUACUGGGAGCGCCUUAUCGAGUGCCUAAAAGUCCUCAAGUACCAAAAACGCCUGCCAGCCCUUCGGGAUAUCCAGAGAUCUAUGUACCAUAAAAACAAUUCAUUUUGUGUUUUCUUCAGCUUGUUCACCCACAUGCCGAUAAUCGUAUUCCCCUCUGAUAAGGACAGUAAUUUCCAUUGCAUAAUGGCAAAAACAGAAGAAGGUGAAAACAUGAGACUGCGCAUGUUAUCGAAUCCUGCCUUUGGCAAAAUCAUGAAGGAUCUGUAUCCAUUUCUCUACAACCGAGGUGUAUUUAAUUACGAAGACUACGAUGUGUGAUAUU